GAAGAAGAAAACGACAACGAAGAAGAGCACUUCCGGGUAUACUACCGGAAGUGCUUGGUUGGCAUUGGCAACAUUCUCGCUAAAUCCAGCGUCGUGUACAGCAUAAAGACAUCUAAAAGAAAUAUAUAAAUAAAAGAAUUCCGACUGAGGAGUUUGAAAGUGUUGUGUUAACCCAAGGCACUCACCAUAGAGGAGUGAGAAGAGAGCAAGACCGCACAACAGAAUGACAAGCUCAUCUGCUCCCAGGAUGGUGAAUAGUUACAAACGGACUUCCAGCCCCAGAUCGCCGACCAACUGUGGGGAUCUUUUCACCCCGGCCCAUGAGGAAAAUGUGCGUUUUAUCCACGAUACAUGGCAGUGUGUGCUCAGAGACAUCCGAUCAACACAAAACAGUGAACGGAAUGACCGUGGACCGCAGGAAUACGUGGAGAAGAACCCAAACCCCAACCUGCAUUCUUUCACGCCAGUGGACCUGACCGACCUCAAGAAACGUAACACACAGGACUCCAAGAAGUCCUAGUCCUCCUCGAGGUGGUCUAAGCACUCUUCUUUUCUCCACCCACCCUCGAGAACUUUUCCUCUGACCUCCAAAGUCAGCCUUACUUUGCCAGUCUAGGGCGGAAUGCCAAGCGAUUUUCUGUGAACGUUGAGCUACAGCGGGCCAUUUCCCAGCGAGGAAGAUAGGCUGGAUUCCCCCAAGUUUAAAUUAAGUCUCCCUCUCCGGGUUCAUUUUAAAGGCCACGCUGUAUGAAGAGGACUGAUACACUUUCCUAAGUUGUCGCUGGCGUCUGACAAACUGUUGACACGGAAGACUGCGGUCUUUACUAGUACUACUAUUACUACUACUUUGACCUGCGAGAACAAUGAGAAAGGGCUGACUUAUAUUUUGUUACGUAGGAAGGCAGUUAGAUCCAGUGUAGAAGUCAGCAAAUUGUCUCGUAAAGCAUUUCAUCAGCAUAUUGUGGAAGCCAAAUACACAAGGCCAAGAAUCUUAACCCAAUUGGUGUUUACUUUUAUUGCUAAGAAGAAUCCUCCCAAAGUAUGCUGCCCCUCAAUUAACACCUCUUCCCAAAGCCUUGAAACAAAAUGCUGAAUAAAAUUUUUACAUUA